AUCGCGCGCGACGGGCGCGGAGCGGCGGGUGCUGAGGAUGUGAGUCGGGCCGGGGCGGGGGAGGAUCGGCGUCCAUCCUGCUCAGCCGAGGCGCGGAGCGGCCCCUCCGCCGCGCAGGGGUGCCGAGGGGAGCGCGAUGGCUCCCUCACCAACCAAGCGCAAGGAUAGGUCGGAAGAGAAAGCAAAGGACCGCUCCAAGGAUAAAGCAGCCACUAAGGAUUCGAGUGAAAAGGAUCGAGGUCGAGAUAAGACACGCAAGAGACGCAGUGCUUCUAGUGGGAGCAGCAGUACCAGAUCCCGUUCCAGCUCAACUUCUAGUUCAGGGUCCAGUUCCAGCACUGGUUCUAGCAGUGGGUCUAGUUCCUCUUCUGCCUCAAGCCGCUCUGGGAGCUCCAGCACCUCACGCAGUUCCAGUUCCAGCAGCUCCUCUGGAUCUCCAAGUCCGUCUCGAAGGAGACAUGACAACAGGAGGCGCUCCCGCUCCAAGUCCAAGCCACCCAAGAGAGAUGAAAAGGAGCGGAAGAGGCGGAGCCCAUCGCCCAGACCUACAAAAGUACAUGUUGGAAGGCUCACUAGAAACGUGACCAAGGAUCACAUCAUGGAGAUUUUUUCCACUUAUGGAAAGAUUAAAAUGAUUGACAUGCCAGUGGACAGGCUGAACCCACACCUCUCCAAAGGUUAUGCUUAUGUGGAGUUCGAGAAUCCAGAUGAUGCUGAGAAAGCUCUGAAACACAUGGAUGGAGGCCAGAUCGAUGGUCAGGAGAUCACUGCCACAGCUGUGCUGGCGCCACGACCCAGGCCACCUCCCAGACGCUUCAGCCCACCCAGGAGGAUGCUGCCGCCACCGCCGAUGUGGCGCAGGUCCCCCCCUCGCAUGCGGAGAAGGUCCCGGUCUCCAAGGCGCAGAUCCCCUGUUCGCCGACGAUCACGAUCCAGAUCUCCUGGACGAAGGCGCCAUCGCAGCCGCUCCAGCUCAAACUCCUCACGAUAAAGCAAAAAGACUGAACAGCUUUUUAUUUUUUAACUUAAAUCCCAUCAGACUAAAUAUCGUACCUUUUUUUAUAAUGGGUCUGGGUGAGGAGGAGUGAGGGAGAGCGAGAUAAUCCUGGUGGUGAAGGCAACCCAAGAGAAGAGCGCAGCAGGUCCCGGCCAGCUCAGCCUUUGCUGCAGGGCUUCUAAUUUCCUGGCAUUGAAUCAAAAUUAAUUGAAAAUGGCUUUGAUUUCUAAGGCUGCAAAAAACAUCUUUUCCAGGUAAAUGGAAGGAAAAAUUUUGCAGCUUGUCUUUCUCCUGCUAGCAGGCUGCUGCUUGGUGAUUUCUAAAUGCUUAGCACGCUGUACAGACGAGCACGUGAAGCUUGAGCUAUUGCAGAAACCCUGUCUGGUGGACAGGGAGGCAUUUUUCUUGGUCUCUAAGUGCCAGCAUAGGGUUUUUCAGAGCUGGUGGAGUCCAGGUCUGCCCAAGACUUAAAUACCAAGUUGUUGCUUUGUUCUGAUUCCUAAACAGAUGAUUCGUUUCUGCAGGGUAAGCCCCUCUGUAACACGCAUACCAGGUGAUCUCUGCCAAAACAGCGGUCCAGCCCACUGAAUACUUGAGCAAAGGAGCUGGAAACCUUAAAGACUGGUUUGUAGCUGCCCCUUGUGAGUAAUUUUUUUCACCUUUUCUUAAAAGAUUUUGGUAAAAACUCCCUGGAAACACCGGUGAAAGAAUGUGAGCGCUUCAGCCUUUCAGAAUCUCAAAUUAGCUGGCUGCGCGUCGAUCCUGUGGGCGCUGCAAGGCCUGGAGGGUGGCUGGUGGCUGCGGUGCCGGCUGGGUUGGCAGAGGUUCACCCGGUUUCCACGGUUGUACAGUCCAUGUAUACAGAUCCCUUUGUUCUGGUGUUUUGUAUGACUUUGUAGCCUUUGGGCCAUGUUGUGUUUGUACUCGCAUAGGAGGAGAGGCUUGAAUAAAGCAGUAGGGUUGACAAGA